AUUACAAUGUUGAUCUUUACAUCAAUUUUGCCUUCAAUCAGUCGACCGCUUGAGUCGCUAUUGACAGUACACACGUCAACAAAGACGGUAUGCAUACCGUGGCGAAAAUCCUUUCAUUGCUCUUGUUGGUGACGAGCCUCCGGGCCUCAUUGCCCGACCAGUUACCGAGCUCUUACUGGCAGCACUACCUGCCGGGCGUAAAUCUGAUCUUCAACGAGGAAGCGUACAACGAAAGGUCUCACGUGUACGCCCUCUGCCCGGAAAACGAUGGCAGCAUAAACCGCACCUGCACGAUUACCCGCACCGACGAGCUCGAGUGGAUCCGUCGAGUCAAUGAUCGCAAUUGCACCUUCGACGUGACGACGUAUUACGAUAGCUUGAAGCCGGGCCAGGUGAAACUGUUGCUUUUGGGCGCCGACAAAGCCAUCGUCAGCGCGUUCAUCCCGACCUUGAGCGCGCGCAGAUGGCAACUAAGUAUAGUGGACUUCAAUACCUGCUCAAUUCAUCAGCCCAUGGGUUUGGAUAAGUUCGAGCCCGUAAAGUUCAUCGUCUACGAGAGAUCGUUUUACGUGAUAGUCAAAGGCUCUACAAAGGGUAUGAAGUGUUACCACAAGCCGGGAAGCCGGAACGUGCGGAGGUGCUGGAUAAGGUUCACCGACGAAGGCAGUCCAAUUGGGCCCCGACCUUGGUUCAGGCAGUUAUUCGACGACGAAAACUUCAUCUUGGCGCCGCUCCAGGAAGAUACGGAGGUGCUGGAAGACUUUCUGAUGAUCGAACUGUUCCAGCAGGUGAACCAUAAACCGGUGCUCGCCGAGGCCUUGAUCCAAGGAUGGGGCAAGGGUAGGUCGGAACCCGUGCCCGAGCAGAGAAAACGCCUGCUGAGCCACGAAACCGAGCACAAGACCAUCCGGCUGCGCAGAUACACCGUGCUGGACUUGUUCUCUCGGUGGCGCUGGUUAAAUCCGUACGAGCGCAUCGCUUACUCGACACACGCCGGCUACAUCGGCAUCUGCGCCAAGAAGGAGGACAUGGUGCUGAUCUGCAGCCAAUACGACGACGACGGCAGGCUGCAAUUCGAGCACACGUUCGACGUGGACCCCGCGCUCGGCUACUUCCACGAGAUGGCCGUGAUGAAUCUGGCCGCCGAGAAGGGUGGCGGCAUGCUGCUGGUCAUGGCCGGCUGCAGGGACCGCAUGUGCAACAGCAAAACCCAUAAUGCGUUCCGGGUGGCGAGGAUCGGCUUGGACAGCGACCUACUGGAGACCGUGCACACGAUCCCGAAACGCUCCUGCAGCCGUCACAUAAAUCGGGCCAGCGGCAAGUUGUACGAGAUGGGCCCGGGCAGAUACUGCUUCACGCAUGCCUGCUACGAGGACUUUUUCGUGGCGUCGUACAAGAACAAGAACCAGGAGAGGGACAGAACGGUGAAGUUGGGCAGGGACUGCUUCACAGACAGCGACCUCAUCUCCCGGCAAAACGUCGACUGGAGCCUUAAAAUUAAUAAGAAGGAUUGGUUCAUGCGUCCAUGAUGAGGACGACGAUGGUGAUUUUAAUUGUACAUAAAUAACACACACACACGAUGUGAUCAAUUGAUUUUGUUUAUGUUCCGUUUGAUACAAUUUUAUACUCUUACGAUAGGUUUUAAGUUAUCAUAUGUAUACUCUGUACAUAUAUUCUAUAUACGACUUCAAUAUGGAUCAUAAAUAAAUAAUACUUUUUUUUUCAAUCGAAA